AUGACCCUGACUGAGAAGCUGCGCGAGAGGACGUCGCGAGCCUUCUACAGCCACGGCCUGCGCUGUGCCUCCUACCCCAUCCCCAUCAUCCUCUUCACUGCCCUCUGCAUCCUGGCCUGCUGUUAUCCCCUGCUGAAGCUGCCACUGCCUGGAACAGGACCUGUGGAGUACAGCACCCCAGUGAAGGAUUACACCCCACCCUCUCCAGACACAGGCCUGCAGCAAGGGGACCUCGGCGAGCGUCCCGACUGGUAUGUUGGUGCUCCUGUGGCCUACAUCCAGCAGAUCCUGGUGAAAGCUACUGUGUCCCCAUGGCAGAAGAACUUCCUUGCUGUGGAUGUAUUUCGCUCCCCCCUCUCCCGUGUCUUCCAGCUGGUGGAAGAGAUUAGGAACCAUGCCCUGAGAGACAGUUCUGGUGUGAAAAGCUUGGAGGAGGUUUGCCUCCAGGUAACAGAUCUCCUGCCUGGCCUGAAGAAGCUGCGGGACCUGCUGCCAGAGCACGGCUGUCUGCUGCUGUCUCCAGGCAACUUCUGGCAGAACGACCGGGAGCGCUUCACCGCCGACCCAGACAUCAUCAGAACCAUCCACCAGCACGAGCCAAAGACUCUGCAGACAUCAGCCACUCUCAAAGAUCUGUUGUUUGGGCUCCCUGGGAAGUACAGUGGGGUGAACCUCUACAACAGGAGGAGAGUGGUGUCCUACACUGUCACACUGGGGCUCCAGCACUACGAUGCCAGCUUCCUCAGCAGCCUGCGCUCUCGCCUCAAGCUGCUGCACCCCAGCCCCAACUGCACGCUGCGGGAGGAGAGCAUCGUCCACGUCCACUUCAAGGAGGAGAUUGGCAUUGCUGAGCUCAUACCCCUGGUCACCACCUACAUCAUCCUCUUCGCUUACAUCUACUUCUCCACACGGAAGAUCGACAUGGUGAAGUCCAAGUGGGGCCUGGCGCUGGCGGCGGUCGUGACGGUGCUCAGCUCCCUGCUCAUGUCCGUCGGGCUCUGCACACUCUUUGGCCUGACACCCACCCUUAAUGGAGGAGAGAUCUUCCCAUACCUGGUGGUAGUGAUUGGCCUGGAGAAUGUGUUGGUUCUCACGAAGUCUGUUGUCUCUACACCUGUGGACCUGGAGGUGAAGCUUCGCAUUGCCCAAGGCUUGAGCAAUGAGAGCUGGUCCAUCAUGAAGAACAUGGCAACAGAGCUUGGGAUCAUCUUGAUUGGGUACUUCACCCUUGUCCCAGCCAUCCAGGAGUUCUGCCUCUUUGCUGUGGUUGGGCUGGUGUCUGACUUCUUCCUCCAGAUGUUUUUCUUCACCACCGUGCUGUCCAUUGACAUUCGCCGUAUGGAGCUGGCGGAUCUGAACCGGCGGCUGCCGGCAGAGGCCUGCCUGCCGCCACUGAAGCCCAGCGGCCGCCCCCAGCGCUACGAGCGGCAGCCGGCCCUGCGGCCUGCCACCCCCCACACCAUCACCCUCCAGCCCUCCUCCUUCAGGAACCUGCGCCUGCCCAAGAGGCUCAGGGUCAUCUACUUCUUCGCCAGGACCCGGCUGGCCCAGAGGCUCAUCAUGGCCGGGACGGUGAUCUGGAUUGGCAUCCUGGUGUACACGGAUCCUGCUGGUCUCCGCACCUACCUCACCUCCCAGGUCACCGAGCAGAGCCCCCUGGGGGACGCAGGUCUGCCCCCAAUGCCUGUUCCUGGAGGGGUCCUGCCUGCUGGAGACCCCAAGAUUGACCUCUCAGUCUUCCCAUCGGACUCCAUGCAGCUGUCAGAAAACCAGACGCAGCAGCAGGAGCAGAAGUCGGGGCUGGAGUCCCUGAGGAAUGGGCAGGCAGAGCUUGGAGCUGAAGCAGAGGUUACCUGGGGGGCAGAGGAUGAGGAGAUCUGGAGGAAGCUUUCCUUCAGACACUGGCCAUCCCUCUUCAGCUACUACAACAUCACUCUGGCCAAAAGGUACAUCAGCAUUCUCCCAGCGAUCCCAGUCACCCUCUACCUGAACCCACAGGAGGCCUUGGAGCUGCGGCAUCCCCAGGAGGCCAACCGCUACCACCCCUUCCUGUCUGCCAGCGCUGGGAAGCUGGAUGCUGAGCCUCAGCCUGACCCAGCCAAGGCCAAGCUGCAAGGCCACCAGGAUGUCACUCUCUACAAGGUGGCUGCUCUGGGCCUGGCCUCAGGCAUCAUCCUGGUGCUGCUGCUCUUCUGCCUGUACCGAGUGCUGUGCCCCAGGAACUAUGGGCAGAAUGGGCUGGCCCCCAGCCGCCGGAGGAGGGGCGACCUGCCCUGUGACGACUACGGCUACUCCCCGCCCGAGACUGAGAUCGUCCCCUUGGUGCUCAGGGGACACCUCAUGGACAUCGAGUGUCUGGCCAGUGAUGGGAUGCUGCUUGUCAGCUGCUGCCUGGUGGGCCAGAUCCGUGUCUGGGAUGCCCAGACUGGUGACUGCCUCACUGUUAUCCCCAAGCCAAGGUUGCGAAGGGACAGCAGUGGCAUCUUUGACUACCAGGAGAGCUGGGACCACAGCCCAGAUGGGAAGAAUGGAUUGGAUGACACCUUUGAGAGCAGCCACCAGCUCAAGAGGCUGCUCAGCCCUCCCCAGCCUCCUCUUUUCUGUGACCAGCCAGACCUCACCUCUCUCAUUGACACCAACUUCUCGGAGCAGGUGAAGGUGGCUGAGUCGGAGCCGCGGCUGCGGGCUGUGGGUGCUCGCCAGAAGGAGAGCGGCUAUGACUUCAGCAGCCUGGUUGGCAAAGCCUAUGAGGAGCAUGGCACCUCCAGCUGCAGGAGCUUCUCUGGGCUGCCCUCCCUGCACAGCCAGGCUGGCUUCUGUGUGGGGAGCAGCUGUGAGAAAGCCUCACCACUUCCUAACUGGGGAGGAGACCUGGAGAGCUCUGUCUGGAGCCUGGACCUGCAGGGAAACCUGAUCGUGGCUGGCCGGAGUAACGGGAAGCUGGAGGUCUGGGAUGCAAUCGAGGGGACCCUGCGCAGCAGUAAUGAAGAAGGUCAAUCUGGCAUCACAGCCCUUGUCUUCCUGAACAACAGGAUCGUGGCUGCGCGGCUGAACGGCUCCUUGGAUUUCUUCUCCCUGGACACACAAACGGCCCUGAACCACCUGCAGUUCCGAGGAGCCCCGAGCCGCAGCAGCAUCCCCUCCUCCCCUGUGUUCAGCAGCAGUGAGCUGAUCAGCUGCCAGCUCACCCACACCGUGUCCUGUGCCCACCAGAAGCCGAUCACCGCGCUGAAGGCCGCGGCUGGCCGCCUGGUCACCGGCAGCCAGGACCACACCCUGAGGGUGUUCCGACUGGAGGACUCCUGCUGCCUGUUCACGCUGCAGGGCCACUCGGGAGCCAUCACAGCUGUCUACAUGGACCAGACGAUGGUGCUGGCGAGCGGCGGCCAGGACGGAGCCAUCUGCCUGUGGGAUGUGCUGACAGGCAGCAAGGUCAGCCACAUGUAUGCCCACCGAGGGGACGUCACCUCCCUCACCUGCACCACCUCCUGUGUCAUCAGCAGCGGCCUGGACGAUGUCAUCAGCAUCUGGGACCGCAGCUCAGGGAUCAAGCUCUAUUCCAUCCAGCAGGAGAUGGGCUGCGGCGCCAGCCUGGGCGUCAUCUCUGACAACCUGCUGGUGACAGGGGGGCAGGGCUGUGUCUCCUUCUGGGACAUCGGCUAUGGGGACCUGCUGCAGACUGUCUACCUGGGCAAGAGCAACGAGGCGCAGCCGGCGCGGCAGAUCCUGGUGCUGGAGAACGCUGCCAUCGUCUGCAACUUCGGCAGCGAGCUCAGUCUGGUCUACGUGCCCUCCGUGCUGGAGAAGCUGGACUGAGGAGCGGGAGGAAGAGGGACAGGCCUCGGAGCCUGGGUGGAGGAAGGCAGGUGGGGCGGGAGGUCUGAGCCCCUCCUGCUGUGGAGGGCAGGGAGACAGCAGCUCCAUCGCCCUCUCCAUGCCCCUCCUGGGACCAUUCUGGCCCCAUGCUCUGCAGGGCUAAGCCCUCCUCCUCUGCCCCUUCUCCGUGCAGUCACAGCAGUGUGAUGGUCCCAGGCUGGAGCAAAGGGACAGGGGGAGCUGGGGUCUGUAUGGCAGUGGCUGC